UAGACUCGCAAAUGAGUGAGAGAUAAUGGAUCAUUUUAAUUAAAAGACAAAAGGUUCGUAAUUUCUGAGAAUGGCUGUUACUUCCAGAUAAAGGGACAUUCCUCAUCUGAGACUGGAACCUGGAGAACUGCCCCAGUUGAUGGAGUCGAUGAUGGUAGACAUAAAUGUUGGUUGCGAAUUGAUGGGGUUGAACGUAUUGUACUUAUAAUUUGAAUAUUAUAUAAAUUAAUUAGUUUCAUAAAUAAAUAAAUGAAUAUGAGCCUUUCUUUUGUAGCGUUAUAGUCAUGCAAGAAGGGAACGGAGCACAUAAAGAAUGCAUUCCUUAAGAUUGGGUUUAGGACACUGAAACAGAAAACACUUCAUCAGAAUGAGAUAAAUAGAUCGGCCACACUGAUUUAAGCUACUAGCCAAUACUUGGGGAAUAAGAAUGGACAAGAAGCCUAAACUCAGUAAAGGGAGGACUUCGAGUAGGAGACCAAGAAACAAAAGUAACUGACAUUCCUAUAAACAAAAGUCAGGCAAUCAACUUCGCCUCAAUAAGUAAAUGAGUUGAAUGAACUUAGGACAUUAUGAGAUAGCAAGAGAAGGACGAGAUCCUAGACAACGAGAUAUCUGAUAAUUAGUCUGUGUAGAAAGAAAUAAUAAAGUCAAAGAAAAAGUCAUUAGUCCAAAACAAAGGUCCAGAGAAGGAGAUCCAAGGCCAUCGACAAUCAGAACACCCUUAUUUGAAGUUUGGGGAUGUCUUCGUGAUUAAAACCAAUGUGGCUGGCACGGCAAUUGGAGGGAAACAGAGUGAAACUCAAAUCCACGAAUUGAUUAUAAUAGGGAAUCUGUAGUACUCUGGGUCAAUCAAUUGUGUAAACAUGACCAAUCAAGUGAUUAACAACCCAUAUUCGCAUCAAUAGAAGUGUUUUUUUACAAUUCGGAAUCCGAGAACCAUCAUGAGUGAUCAGAGUUACGUUUGUUAUGGUCAGCGCAUAGUGUUGGUUCACUCUAAGUCAGAGUAGAGUGUGAUGAUCAACUUGGACGUGCCCUCACAAGAGCGAGGGUCAUUUUAAGUCAAUUUGCAAUCCCAAAUUGGUCAUCAGAACAUACUGAGAAUCAUGCCAUACUCGAGUGCAAAUAAGAUAGGAGACAAGAUCCAAUACAAUGAUCAGUUGCUAUUUCAAUAGGAUUCCAAUAGAUAGUAUUAUCUGAAGUUGGAGAAGGAUGAAUCGCGAUACUCAAGCAACAAGUUCAUAGACAUCAAUGCAAGUGAUAGGCCUGACUGUUUCCAUCUGCACAAGGUCAAGAGUCAUCAGAACAACAUCAUCCAAAUCAUCAAUCAACAGUUUAUGAUAGCCAUUGGAACCAGUGAAAAGUAACUGCAGCAAUUUAUCAUCAACAAAAAUGCCAUCAUCAACAAUUUCAAUAAUGAUCAGUAACAACAACAGCAGGAGACCUUCUCUCUGAGAACCCUAGAUCUCAACAAGUACUUGAUGCAGGAUUACGAAGUGCAAUCGAGCAAUCUCCUAAAUUCCUACACCUACUUUGAAAUACAACCUCUAUUUCCAUUUACAGAACAACAAGCUGGUCCUAAUGCUUGUAAAUUAAAAUCCUUAUUUACGUAGUAAUAUUUGUCACUAGAUCCCAAUGAUGAAAAGAGACUCAAAUUGACAGCAGGCUACAUGCAGGAUGAAUAUAGCAUCUUCUAUUUCAAUCCUGAAUCUACUGAGCAAUAAGAAUCCAAUGAACAAAUCGUCAGCAUUCAAAGCUCCUAAGGAACAUACUUGAUGCUGACUUAGAAUGGAAAGUUCCAAUUUCAACCUCUCACCAAUGAUUAGACACCCCAAAUAUUCUCAAUCAAAUAGAUCGACCCUGCCUCUUCUGUCAUUUUGGAGGAUCUCAAUGAAAUUCAUAUGAGAAUCCUCAACUUCCAUGUGUAUUUGCAGUAAUGGUCCAUCUUAUCAGAUAAGAAGAAAUCCAACGAAGACAUUUUUGUUUUCGAUUACCUGAAAUCCCUGUCUCUGAAGGGACAGUUGGAAUAGGAGGUUUAUCAUUUGUAAUUGCAAUUGGAAGCCUUGAGUAAUCACUUGUCAAACAAAGCAAAUCAAUAUGAAAUGAACAAUAAUGUUCAAACUAGUUACCAAUAGAAGCAAAAGUUGUUGAGAGAACAGAAGAUCUUGGAGUUGCUGUUUUCAUUAUUGAAGUUGAUUGACAACAUCGUCUUCACCUAAUAGAAAGUGUUUAGAGAGAAGGAGUAGAGCCGAUUGUACAAGACAGAAAGACGACUGCCAUCACAAUAGACAGCUGUAAUGUAUUGCGUGUAUUUUCUUAGUCUUACGUGGCAUUCAAAGCUUUGGCCUCUAUCCCUGUCCACAUUUACAAGAUCAUCCUUUUGGCCAUCAAAAACAAUCAGAGCAAUCGCAAAAUAGCCUUGGAUAAUGACGAAUUCUUGUGUAGAUAAAUUCGAAGUUAUGGACCCCAUGUUUCAGCCAUUUUGAGGGAAGCAGUAAAAGACCAGCCAAACAUCGAUUUGACUGAUUGGGUUCGCCUAUUAGAACCAUUGGAGGAAGUAGGCAAUAACAUCUAUGACAUGACUAUUUAUCUUAAGGUAAUAUCGAUUGCAAUGGUGGAUUCCAGCAAUCAAGGGAUCUUUCGAUAUCAAAACAAAGUUUGUAAGGAACUCUUCUCUUAAGGAAAGAAUGGCAAGACCAAAUUCUUGUGUCAAUUCAACGUUCUCCUAGAUAAGCCUACAUUUAAUUUGUAUCGAGAGGAACCCUUGGCUGAUUUCUUGUUAAAGAACCCUUCCUUAAAUCAAUUGCAUUUGAUAAGGCCCUCUGAAAAUAAUGAGAUGGAAUUGUUUUCGCUUGAGGAAUUGGGAGAGAAAAUCUUGGUCAAGAAAUCGCUGUUGCAAUUCCUAAGUUAUCUGACUGCUUCAGUGAACCUAUUGGCUUAACUAUGCAAGGGUCGAAAUAAGAAAUGCAUGAAGAAGGUGUAAUUUUUGGGAAUAACUUCUAAUCAUAUUUAGAAUGUGAUUAAAUCAACCUAGAUUCCUUUGUCAAUGAAAAACAGUUAUCUCAAAUUAUAUGAAGUCUUGUACAUAGAUAUUGAUCCCUUUUUGCCCAUCUACUCCCAAACCUGUUUUAUUUGGGGUUAGUUGUAGAUGGAAAAGGAUAAGAAGAUUGCCCAAAUUUUCAAUCAUUACGUUGAAGCAGUGGAAGUGGGCAAAUUGACUAAGGAGUUCGAGGAGAAGAUGUUGCCUCUACUUCUAGAGUUACUGACUCAGGGCAACAGUUUCUAGGAAGGUCUAAUCAAGGUGAAGAAAAAGAAGAUGCAUAUACGAUUGCCUUCUCUAAGUGGAAAUUAGGUCUAAACAGAGAAGGUUGAGUAGAAGAGCAAGAUUUCGUAAAAGAUUAAGUUUUUGACUACUCUUUAUCAUCUGGUGUACAAGAUAAUACAAUUGGGCUACUUAACGGAAGAACAGAUUUGUUCGAUUGUCAAGCCCAUGUUGUAAAUCUUUGUGCCAUUUUUGUCUCAAAGAGAGAAGCAAGCCUUGGAAGUGAAGGAGAAUUGGCUGAAUGAAUUGAUUGCUUCAGCAAAGUCAUUAUAACAAUAGAGUUUGGUUGAUUUGAUAGAUGAACUAUUUUCGAAUGCUGGUUUGUUGAUGAAAUAGUAUUUCACAAUUCAGUUGAAUGUGUAAAUUCAGGAAUUCUUAAGACAUUUCUAGAGGUCCUAUCAAACCUAUUGUUUAUAAUCGCUGGAGAAGUUGAUCGCUGAAGUUAGGGAGAUCAUUAUGCGAAUGCAAUUAGGAUAGAAUAAGAACUUGGUGUUAGGGUAUCUGUUGGGAUUUUAUUGUUCCAAUUAUCUAUUCUAGAGUAAGGGUUUUAGGUUGUGUCAGGAAGCCUUGAAUUAGGGAGUCAAUCAGCAGUGGAUCUCAUAAUUGAGACAAGCAGAGAUCAUUUUAGAUGGAGACGAAUUAGAGUUGUAUUAGCAAUUGACUGGUAAUUCUUUGGUUGGACAAAUAUUCUCUCCUAUUCGAUUGGAAGUUCAGAUCUAGCAAUUGGAGGAUUCUCAGAAGAAGAAUUCGGAAGGAGGAGGGAAAUAAAAGGAUGAAAAAAAUUGGGAAAUCGACAAUCAACUAAAUAAAUUGAUCAAUCGAAUUAAGGAAAUAAAAAUGGAUUCAUUUAAAUUAACAAAAACAUAGAAUAUUCUAAGAAAUCUAGGAGUUCAUAAAUAAAUAUUGAGAUUGAUUAAGGCAUAACGUGAACAGAGUGAUACUCAACAAAUCUCAAUUAAAUUCCUAUGUUUAUUUCUAUUGAAUAAUAGAUUAAAUUGCUCGGAAAUCUAGGAGGACCUAUUUACAAUAAUUCAGUUAGCUUCCAGUAAUCUAAAGGUCUCCAAGUUGAUUGGGGUCUUCUGUUAAAGUCUCAAUGAUUAGUGGACUGUACUUCAGUAAUUAAUCAAAUCCAUUUUCGCCACUAUGCAUGAACACAAAGGAACUUGUUAACAAUUUUAUAAGGCCUUGUUGUCCAUUCUGCAGAAUAGAUUACUCUCUUAGGAUCGCAUGAAUGCUUUAAAAAGAGAGAUCCUGAGUAACCUAUUCAAAAUCCCUAGUUAUAUCAAUGACCUAUAAUAUUAUAAGCAAUUCAAUGACGUUAAGAACAAGAAGGAAGAGCAGCAGUUUUAUGGGAUGGAAUUUCAGAUUUUCUCAGCUUCGAAUGCGUUGACAGCUCAAGUCAUUAAGGAUUAUUCUUUGGGAAUUCAAUAGAUCCAAGGCAUUUUAUUUACUGAACAAAUUAAUUAGAUGAUUCACAAUCCAGCCAUAUCUUAUUUGAUUAAAUCUGAAUUAAUCAAAUUGGUCUACAUAACUCAGAUUCAAUAGAUACAAACAUUCACCAUGUCAGAUAUGAGAGAACUGUUAAUUAUGCUAUUGAAUGAUCUAUUGGCAUACCCCAAAUAUUUAGAUGGAUUACUAAAGUAAUGCGAGACCAACACUGAGGAAGACAAGGAGAAAAUCGUAAAGGAUAAAUUGUAAGUAGACAUGAUCAAACAGAAGAUGUUUUAGGAUACUGAAGAAAAGAAAAAGAAUUUAUUAGCAACUACACCUGGCAUGCCCAAUCAAACAAAUGCUGCUUAAUAACAAGUCCAACAGAUGAAUGAAUAGAAAAGAAUUGUUUUUGACAAUACUGAAUAUUGGAAAUACUUCCUCAAGAUUUCUAAUUGGUAGAAUAUUCAAUUUGGAGUACUCAUGUUGUUACAAUAACUAUUUUUAGAGAUACAAUAUCGUAAAUGGAAUAUCUAAGAAACCUAAUCGAAUUAGCAGAUCCUCUAAAUCGAACAAAUGAAUCAAAUUACUGAAGACUCCCUCUAUGAACCAUUGGCUUUAAUCAAAUUAAUACUCGAGAAUACUAGACAAACCUUGAAUCUAAUUGAAAAUACUUUGCAAUAUCCAAAAUAUAGAGUGUACUUGGCGUAACUAUAACAUUAUAUAUCCAAAUGUCUUAUGCAAUGUCCCUUAGAAUCCAACUUAAAGAAUUUCAAAACCAUCAAGUAUGCCUAAGAAUAUAAGACUCAGAGGGCUAUCAAGACCUAAAUCAAAGAAUACAAAUAGAAAGCAUUGCCUAAGCCAUCUUAGGAAGAGUUAAAGUAAAACCUAAACUAAUUUUAUGAGAAGCUAAGAUGUUAUAUGAUGGAAAAGCAUCUCACAAUCAAUGAAAUGAUGGAUAAAAUCAGAGGAGAAUUUCAAUUUCAUUCAGAAUUACUAAUUUCAGAGGGUCAAUAUAGUGUCAACACGCCAGAUAAAUUGAUAGGCAAGGAUAAAUUUUGUAACUUGUUCAAUCAGAUCUUGGAUGAACACUUCUAGCAAUUGAUCUAAAUCAAAUUAUCGAAGACAUUGCCAGACAUUAGUAAGUAUCUGACUUACGAGGAUGCUUCCAAAUAUUAUGAAUCCUAUAUGCAACUAAGAGAUUCCACCAAAAACCUACUAGAUAUAAGUAAAUUUGAUUUACUAUUUUUUUCAUAGACAAGUUUUUCUAGAAACUUAUGAACUAUUUAGAUAGCCAAAAAAUCAAAUACAAUAAAGUGGAACUUAAGGAAUUGUAAAAAAAGAAGAUUCAAUAAAAAAAUUAUCAACAAGAAGUAUUAAUUAUGAUUAACCUAGUCUCUGUUCAUACAACAAACCUAUGGCUAAUUCAUUUAUCAGUAUGAGUUGUUGAUCAAUCCAGACAAUCCAUACAAUUUUUAUAGACUGGAUAAAGCCUUAUUUAAUGACAUCCAGGAACAGUUCCUUUUGAAGUUGUCUAAUGAUGAUGAAGUUAUUUAUAUAUUUUCUAGAUUGCUAAAGGAAGAGGCUAUCUAAUAAAAAUAAUUAGCCCUGAACAUUAUUUAUGAAUGCUUACAAAGAGAGUAGAGUAUUAUUGAAAAAGAUCGAUUGUUACAUUUUUGUAUCAAACAAAUACCCUUUUUGAUGAUGUACUUAGAGGAAAGCGAUAAUGAAUACACAAUUAAGAGUAUUAAAAAAGUUAAAAAAACUCUGUUUAUUUUUGAACAAAUCUAAAAGAUGAAUAAACAACAAUUAGCCACUGUCAUCGAGAAUGACUGCUGGGUGUAGUUCAAUAAAUUUAUAUCGCGCACAUUCAACCAAGUUGAUAGACUAUUUAGUUUGGAGUAACAUAUAAAAUAGAGUGCAUCAAGCAACGACAAUCGACUCUUCAUCAGUAAGACCGAUCUAAGCAAUGAGAAGAAUUAAUUGCUUGGACAAUUCUUUAAAAUUAUCGCUUCUAUCUUGAGACUCAUAGGCAAACUCAUCCAAUGCAUAGAUGUAACUUCUCAAUUCGGAGAUUCUGCAAAUCAAUCUUCUCUAACAGAAGAAGUGUUGUAUUUUACUACCAAUUAUUUUAAUUAUAUCAAUAGAUCAUAAUUAACUCACAUAUGCACAGAAACUGAUAUACUAACACUGUAUACUGAAUCUUUCAGAUGUUUAAAUAAUUUUUGUGAAGGAAAUCCUCAAAACCAAAAUUUAAUAUUUAAUCACAAACCCUUAAUCUAAAUCAUAUAAUUCGUUAUCACCACUCCUAAGUAUGAUAUUUUGGCUGAUAAUUUAUAAGACAAUAAUUAUCGAACCUUAUUUAAAGCAACAAUAAAACUACUUUUAUUGGUACAAUUGGAUUUACAUUAAAGUUACACUGAAUUGAAUUUUCAGAUCCUUUUUGAAAAGCUACUGACAAUUUAUGACACCUUUGCUCCUAGGCUUUAGAUUAUAAUUCAAGGGUAGAAAUGUACUCAUGUGGACAAUAUUAAUUGCACUUAUCUAAAAUGCCAAUAUGAUUUAAUUGCCCCAGGGGAAUUUGAAGUGUUUACCAUCUGCUUUGAUUUGAUCAUACUGUUUAACAUCUUGUGUGAGAAAAUUGACAAGGUGGGGAAGGGAGAAAUCAAAAGGGAUUAUUGGUAAACACUCAAAGAAAGAGUGAUUGUAGAUCAGAUGCAUGAUUUAACUUUGAACUAGAAACAAAAUAUCAAUUUCUUAAGAAUCUAUUUGAGUAUGAAAUAAUUUGUCAAGUAACAACCAUUUGAUGAUAAAAGACGAGAAUUUUUGAGAGAGUACUUACAAUCAAAUGAGUCUGUAAUCACUUCAUUAGAAAUCAAGGAGCACAAGUAAUAACAAAAAAUAAAUGUUAAAAAGAAAUCUACAAGUGUUAAAUCUCCUAUCAUUCUAAACAAAUAAUAAUCUCUAUUAGGAGAUAUGGCUAGUCCAAAAAGCAAGUUGAAGGAAAGCAUUUACAAGAUAACAAACAAAAAAUUACAGGUUAAACAAACCUUGGAAGAGGCCAUUCCUUUUAAAAAGUUCGAAGAACAGGAUAUGGUGAUUGAAACACAUGGAAAAAGAGGAAGUAAGAUGGAAUAAAAAUUAGAAGAAAUAGCAAUUAAUUGGUUGGAAGGUGCUUAACAAAACAAUUAGAGGGAUAUUAUUAAGUAAAACAUGUGUUUGAAAAUGGCAGAGGCUAUUAAUUUUUUUAGUAAAUAUGUUGGAUAAAUAUAAAUUAAAAGAAAUGAUGAAACAAAGUUAUAGUACUUUGUCUUACCAUUUUAAUCAUCAUUUUUAUUAAAGCAAACUACAAAAAAGGCUAAAAUGCUGAGAAUGAGAAGAGGGAGAUAUGAGUAAUUAAAAACCAUGUCAGACUAUUUUUAAAAGGAAGUAAUUUUUAGACAACAUAUAUCGAUGUAUCCAAAAUUAAAUUGGUUUUCAAUUAAUAUUCAUCUCAUUAAGACUUUUAAUUAUUUACUUGUUCUAACGUUAAAUAUAUGCUAUUUAGCUGAUUUAGAAAGACAAUCUGAAACUUAUUCAUUUAAGAAUUAAAUAGUUCAAAUCAUUGUGAUUAUUUUAACUAUUAUUUUAAUACUCCUGUCAUUAUUUGUAUUGAUAAUAGAGAUCAUUAAUUAAUAGCCAUACAUAGCAUUUAGAGUAAACUUUUAUAGAGAAUAAAAUUAUGAAGACGAUUCUCUUGGAUUCAAAGGUAGUGAUAAUCUAAAUUAUAUUUACCCUAACUUAUAAAGACUUAAGAAGACCAAUCAAAGAAAGAAGAUUAAAAUGCAUUAGUAUUUCACCCAAAAUAGAAUUUUGGCCUAAAUUACUAAUGUAACAUUUUUGUAUCAUUUGUGCUAUUUGGUAUUGGCAGCAUUGUCAUUUUUGGCAUCUCCAUUUAUUUCCUUAUUACUUUUUGACAUAGUUCCAAGGGUGAAAGUAAAUAAUCAUAUAAAUUAUAGGGUUUAAAAAAAGUAUUAGAAUCUGUUUUUGUAAAUAUUGGCAAGAUCAUACUGAUUUUGUAUUUAGCAUUGGUUGUAAUUCAUUGUUAUGCCUUCUUGGCCUUUUUAGUAGAGGAUAUUUCAGUUUUUCAGGAGGAUUAAAGUGUGGAACUUCCAUUCAUUACUAUUUUCUUGAGAUUUUUUGGAAAUGGAUUUAGGUUGUAGAGUGCUUUUAGUUAGGUUGAUGUUUAUCCUGAUCAAUAAUGGGGUAAUUAUAUAUUUUUGGUAUCCUUUUUUUUGGUUGUAUUUAUCAUUUGUUUCGCAUUAAUCAUAAGCAUAAUAACAGGGCAAUAUUCUCAUAAAAAUCUACUAUCCAAAAAUCAGAAGAACAAAUCUUGUAAAAUUUGUAACAUAUCCUAUUAUUAAUGUCGCGAGAAGUAUAAAAACACAUUAUAUUUUAGAAACAUAAGUUGGCAAGAACACAUAGAGAAGGUACACAAGUUGUCAGCAUAUUUAUUCUUUAUCAUAUGUUUGUAGUAGAAAUAGGAAUUAAAUUAUGUAGAAAGAGAAAUUGCAAAAAAGUUACUCGAAAAAGAUAUGUCUUGGUUGCCCACAAAUUGA